UUACAAACAUUUAACCCAUCACUAGUCAUGCAUAUCUAGAACUAUCCUUUUCCCACAAUUCAACCUCUGAUCAUGACUAGGAUGGCAACAAAACCCGAACCCACGGGUACCCACCCGACCCAACCCGGUCAACGCGGGUAAAACCUGUGUUGACGGGUUUUGGGCCGGGUUCGGGUUUAAGCCCGCUACACUAUUCACCGGGUCGGGUUGGGUUUGAGUUUAGGUAAACCCGCCCCAUGGGUACCCGCCCACACAUAUAAUUACUUUCCCCGUACAUUUAAUAUUCUAAAUAAUAUUUCCUUAAACAACUAAUAUUCUUUAUGUUUGUGGAGACAUGCAUAAUUUGUUCUUUCUAAUUGUUUAGAAUGAAGUUGAUAUUAUGAAGUGGAGAGUGAAGAAACUUAGUUGACGAGGAAGAAGCUUUCAAUUAAUAUUAUUGUUUAUAGAUGUUUAUCUUUAAUUUUGAACAAUUUGUAUUGAUCAUUUGCGGUUUGCUUGUAUGCUCUAUAUUGCUGUUUUUUGUAUGAAUAACUUGUAUGAGAAAAUUGAUGUUAAACUUUUAUUUUGAAAGAAACUUGUUAUUGUAAAUUUUUUACCACAAAAACCCACGGGUACCCAUGAACCCGCGGAUACCCAACGGGUUGGGUUGGGUUUGAGUUUUUCAAACCCAACGGAUUUUAACCCGGGUUUUUUUGGCGAAUAAACCCAUAGGUUUGGGUUUGGGUUUGACAAAACCUGCCCCAACCCGACCCAUUGCCAUCCCUGACUCACUCAUCUGAUGGAAAAUGGUUUUCAUAAUGAAAACCGCGUCUUGCUGCCCAUCCAUUCAUCCAUGCAGCUUUCGGUUCAAACAUCAAGCUUUUCUGGCAACCUGCUGCCGCCAUCUGUAAGCCUUGCCAUUUGGUGGCAAUGCUAUCAUGCUCUCCCAUGGCUGACGGGUCCAAUCCAAUAUCUCCACUCUCCCAUCUUUUUCAAACCCACCCAUUUAACUCCCCUGACUUUCCCUUCCAUUACCAUACAACAACUGGACACAGCUCUUUCUUUUCAAGUAUAAAACCCUAGCCGAACCCCCCUUCAUUUCUCCUCACCAAUUCACACAACGUACCUCUUUCUUACUGCAUAACAUCACCAUGGCUGCUACAUCUUCGGCCUCCAUCCUGCUGUUCAUGCUGGCGACUGUGGCCUCCUCUGCUGCAGGUAAUUUCUACCAGGACUUCGAUGUGACAUGGGGAGACGGCAGAGGAAAGAUCCUCAACAAUGGCAAUCUCCUCACCCUUUCCCUCGACAAGUCCUCUGGCUCGGGAUUCCAGUCCAGGAAAGAGUACCUGUUCGGCAAGAUCGACAUGCAGCUCAAACUCGUCUCUGGCAACUCUGCUGGCACCGUUACUGCAUAUUACUUGUCGUCGAAAGGAUCGGCCUGGGAUGAAAUCGACUUCGAGUUCCUGGGAAAUUUGAGCGGCGAUCCUUACAUCCUCCACACCAACGUGUUCGCACAGGGCAAAGGAAACAGAGAGCAACAGUUCUAUCUCUGGUUCGACCCCACAGCAGAUUUCCACACUUACUCCAUCCUCUGGAACCCGCAGCGAAUCAUAUUCUCGGUGGACGGCACCCCGAUCAGGGAGUACAAGAACCUGGAGAGCAGAGGAAUCCCUUUCCCGAAGAGCCAGCCGAUGCGGAUCUACUCGAGCCUGUGGAACGCGGAUGAUUGGGCGACGCGUGGCGGUCUGGUGAAGACGGACUGGUCGAAAGCUCCAUUCACGGCUUCCUACAGGAACUUCAACGCCGAAGCGUGCGUGUGGUCUAAUGGAGGCUCGUCCUGCGGGAAGAACAACAACUAUCAGGGUUCCUCUGGUGCAGCUGCGUGGAUGUCGCAGCAGCUCGAUUCGACGAGCCAGCAGAGGCUGAAAUGGGUUCAGAAGAAUUACAUGAUUUACGACUACUGCAAGGAUUCCAGGAGGUUUCCUCAGGGAUUUCCUCCUGAGUGCAGCGUCGCCUGAGAAGGAAACUUGGUCCACCGUGUGUGCAUAUGAGUAUAUGACUAUUAAGUAUUUGAUGGCAUACAUGAUACAUGUAUAGUUGUUCUGCUGUACCAUAUAACAAAAUAAUUUUCAAUAUUACAAUGUAUUUUUCAGAACCAACCUACACAAAUACAUGUGUAAUACAUGUAGUUCAAUCUUACAAAUGUAUUAAAGUUUAGAAGAAAUUGGGGACGACAUCAUUGGGAGUUCGAUUGAGGAUGAAGAAGAUGAUGUUCAACGCCUUUGGAACAAGUCAUGCAAAAGGAAAUGAUUAAAACCGUAGUAGACACUUUAAAACUACUUGUUGCAAUUAGAGAAGACAACACCAAAGAUUUCUAGUGCAAUGAAGAAAGUUCAAACUGAACGCGUCUACCAUCCUUUUUUUUAGAGAGAAAAUACAAAUAAAGAGAACACACAAAUAAGCAUGCGUCUACCAUACUUGAACUUAAGAAGAAACAAACAAGUAGAUAUUAAUAUUUUUCUAGAUUUUUCUAGUUGUAUUGUUAAUUUUUGUAAUGAAUUGUAUUUUUAUAAUUUUAUAAUUAUUAAUUUAUAGAUUGCGUAUUGGUUCUAAAAAUAAUUAUUAUCUUAUGAUUCAAUUAAAUUUGCUCUUUUUUACAACAAUCCAAGUCGAGACCGACGCAAUUAUUAAUUUAUCAUGUAUCAAUUUAUAAAAUCAACACAACACUUAACCUUGUUAUCCACGAGACGACAUUGAGGUUUUUAUUGUAGUUUCGUAUCUCCACGAAACACAACACUAAUAUGUGUUUCAUGGACAGGUCAAAUCAUCAACUCCUUCUUAGGUUUCUUCCUAAUACGUUCGAUCGUACAAUACACAAUAUUGCACAGACUAAUCGGCCGAAAUUAACAAAUCAAUCACCUAAACUUCCCCUAAUCUCGAACUGAGUCAGCUAGAGAAUUAUUUGAGGUCAUUCUUUACUUUGGUCCUUCAAGCAUCCAAACUAGGAAUGGCAAUGGGGCAGGUCCGGGCGGGUUUUUUGGUACCCAGAUCCGCUCCGUGACAGGUCGGGUAAUUUAUCACGGGUUGCGGGUCGGGGCAGGUCGACCCAAUGGGUAUGCAAUUUAUAUGAAAAAUAUUAGAAAUAUUCGUUAUUUUUAUUAUAAGACCAAGAAAACAAAGAAUAUUAUGAUAAUGUAGUUAAAUUAUUAAAGAAAUUGAGGUUUUCACUAAUUUACAACUUUAUUAUAGCUAAAAUAUAUGUAAUAAAAGAAAAAUCCUAAGGCCAAGUCCAACGGGAGCCUCAUAAUUGGCGAAUUCCCCAUUUAUGGCGGCUGUUCGGCUCCAACGCGGCAUCAUUUAUGGCGAUCGGCGCCAUUUUUGGUGGCAUUCGGCAUUUGGAGCGGCAAAUCUGGCGACGGGAAUGACGAUUACCCCAUUUAUGGCGUCUGAAAAGUGGUUGUAGCGGAACAACCGCCAGCCCCGAGACGUGCGGCGCACGCGCGCGGGAAAGCGACUCCCCUGCGCGCGUGCGCCGCACGUCCCGGGGCUGGCGGUUGUUCCGCUACAACUUUUUUUUUUGUAAUUUAAUUAAUGUUGAUUAGGUUUUAAAUGAUGAUUUAAUUAUGUAAUUGAUUAGGGAUUUAGUUAUGUUUAAUUAUGGCUUUAAUGAAUAUUUUGAUUUGUU